GGCGGGGAGGGAAGGAGGGAGGGAGCGGCCAUGGUGGUGUUCAGUGUGUAUGUGGUGAAUAAAGCCGGCGGCUUGGUCUACCAGCAUGACAAUUACUCGCCCCGCACCGACGUGGAGAAGACCUUCAGCUAUCCCUUGGACCUGGUGCUGAAGGUGUACGACGAGCGGGUGGUGGUGUCUUUCGGCCAGAGGGACGGCAUCAAAGUUGGAUAUGCAGUGCUUUCAGUCAACGGGAUGGAUGUAAAUGGAAGGUACAUGACUGACAACAGGGAUGUGCUGGAGUAUCUGAACACCUCUUUUAAUUACCCUUUGGCAAUACGGUUUGGACGCCCUCGUUUGACAUCCAACGAGAAAUUAAUGUUGGCCUCCAUGUUUCACUCGUUGUUUGCAAUUGGAUCCCAGUUAUCUCCGGAGCCUGGAAGUUCUGGGAUUGAAGUACUAGAAACAGACACUUUCAAGCUGCAUUGCUUUCAAACCCUAACAGGAAUUAAGUUCAUUGUGUUGGCCGACCCUCGACAAGCUGGGAUUGAUUCCCUCCUCCGGAAGAUUUACGAAAUUUAUUCGGACUAUGCUCUUAAAAACCCGUUCUACUCUCUUGAGAUGCCGAUCAGGUGCGAUCUCUUUGAACAGAAUUUGAAAGUGGCUUUGGAAGUAGCAGAAAAAGCCGGAACAAUUGGCACAGCAUCUUGACCCCCAGCUGUGAGGCUGUAAUCACUUCAGAGGGUUACAUCGGGCUGUUGUAUAUAUCUUUUGCAUUCAGUAGUACUGGGCUAGGAAACUGAAUACAGGAAAGUGUAAUUUGAUGCAAGUGGGAAAUGUACAUAGGAAAUAAAUGCAUUGUAAGCAUCUGA